AUGGACAACAUAUCUAUUACAAUAUUUACUUUUUCAGGAAUAAAUGAAUCCAGGACAAGCAAACACAUAAUAUUUGCUUUUGCUAUUCAAGGUUACUUUUUGAUCAUUAUUUUUAAUCUGACUUUGAUCUCAGUUGUCUUAUUGGAGAAAGCUCUGCAUGAACCCAUGUACAUCUUCCUGUGUAGCCUGUGCAUUAAUGGUCUGUUUGGAACGGCUGGAUUUUUCCCUAAAUUCCUGUCUGAUUUACUCUCUGACACCCAUGUGAUCUCAUACAGUGGGUGUCUGAUCCAGAACUUUGUUAUCUUUUCAUACGUUCUAUGUGAAUUUACCAGCUUAACAGUAAUGGCGAUUGACCGGUAUGUGGCAAUAUGUAAACCUUUACACUACCACACCAUCAUGACAGCUGAGACAACUGGCAAAUGUCUGGUUUUUGUUUGGAUGUUUCCUUGUUGUACAGUGGUGUUUUUCACCUGUUUGACAAUCAUUCGGCCCUUGUGUGGAUCUCACAUUGACAAAUUCUUCUGUCAGUCAUCUGCUCUUGAAAAGCUUGCAUGCAAAGAAGACACUUUUGUGUUUGUGUUAAAUGCAAUUUUUAUGUGUGUGAUUACAUCACUAGUGUCCUUUAUCAUCAUCUCCUACUGGAAAAUAAUUGCUGCCUGCAGACGUUCCAAAUCAAACCAACAUAAAUUCAUGCAAACAUGUCUACCACAUUUAGUAGCUUUCUUCAAUUUCGUGGUAGUCACACUGUUUGACGGUAUAAACACUCGAUUCCACAGUAAAGACUUUUCACAGGAGCUUCAUAACUUCAUAUCAGUGAAAUAUUUAGUCAUUCCUCCAUUUAUCAAUCCUAUCAUAUAUGGUGUAAAUCUUAAUCCUAUCAGAACACGGGCUUGA